CGCUGGUUAAAAAGAAGGAGGAAAGAGCACGGGAAAACAUGUGAGCGCUCUGAGGACUUUAGUGAGAGACAACUUUUAUUUUCUUAUAUGUUUUUUGACCCCGUGCAUGCACAAACCGCCUUGCUGUGCUCAAAAGGAAUUACAUCUGAAAGGAACGUCACGGCUCUUUUGCAGUACACGGUGUUUUGAGGGUUUGACUUUUUUUGUUCAUCAGGAUAAAUUGUGUUAUUGUUUUGCUUUUAUUUUUUUAUAUUUCUGGGUUGUACUAUAUAAGCAGAAGCAACAAUAAUUUAUUUUUAAACAUCGUUCUUUAUAGCAGUGACUCCAAUUUAGGACACCUGCUCUGACAAACAGCAUAUUUGUAAUUACCUUAGUAAUUGGCUUCUGCUACUUGGAGAAAUAGUCCAAAUAAAAUAUAUAGGCUGUUGCAUUGCAGGUUAAUCUCACUCUCUUGAAAAAGGGGACUUAUUUCGUGUUUUUUGUUGUAUUUUCCUUUUUUUUUUCUUUUUUCUUUUUUGGUUAAUUUUAUGCUUAUUUAAAGUAUGAAACAUUUGCAAUUUGUCCUCGUCCUGGCCAUCGCGGUCAACGUAUGGGAAUGUGGAGACGCAAAAUUCGGCGAGAGGGGAGAAAUUAGCCCCAGGAGGAGACGAUGUUACGACGGAAGCUUGCCCAAGCGGCUGAAGAAAAGGGAGCGAAAAGUGUUGCUUGACGGCAGCACCAGCGGAGAAGUUUGCCACAGGUUGUAUCCCCGUGUGUCCUGCUGUCCCACCAGGAGAGCUGCCUAUCAGAUCCUGCACCGCAGGGAUGCCAGGAUUUUCUCUACCAACAACACCGAAUGUGGACGUCUCCUGGAGGAGAUCAAGUGUGCUCGCUGCUCCCCCAAUGCCCAGGUGUUGUUCCACUCCUUGGACAUGGAUAAGAUGCCACACAGGGAGCCAGACUUGCCGCGUCUCUGCCAGGACUUCUGCCGCGAGUUCUACUACACCUGCAGGGGGCACAUACCAGAACUGUUCCAAGCUGAUGUGGAUGAGUUCUGCCAAUACUAUGGGAGGAGGGAUGCCAGUCUAUGCUUUCCAGAUUUUCAACGAAAGCAACCACAAGGGCAAGAUUCCAACUACUUGGGAGAUGAGAAAAUAGAAGAUAUCAGCAGGAAACACAAACACAACUGCUACUGUGCCCAGGAGGUGUUGAGUGGUCUGAGGCAGCCGGUGGCCGUGGUACACUGUGGGGAUGGAUCUCAGCGGCUAUUUGUCCUUGAGAGGGAGGGUAUUGUCAGGAUACUCAACCAUGACCUCGAGCUAAUCAAGGAGCCCUUCCUGGACAUCCACAAGCUGGUGCAGAGCGGUCUGAAGGGUGGAGAUGAAAGGGGCCUGCUAAGCCUGGCAUUCCAUCCCAAUUACAAGAAGAAUGGCAAGCUCUACGUCUCCUACACCACCAACCAAGAGCGCUGGGCCAUCGGACCACACGACCACAUUCUCCGUGUGGUUGAAUACACCGUUUCGAGGAAAAACCCAAACCAAGUGGACACCAGGACGGUCCGGGUGCUAAUGGAAGUAGCAGAGCUGCACAGGAAGCACCUAGGAGGCCAACUGCUUUUCAGCCCUGAUGGUCUGUUACAUAUCGUCCUGGGAGAUGGCAUGAUCACCCUGGAUGACAUGGAGGAAAUGGACGGACUCAGUGAUUUCACAGGGUCUGUCCUAAGGGUAGAUGUGGACACUGACUGUUGUACGUCACCCUAUUCCAUACCACGGAACAAUCCGUACUUCAACAGCACCAAUCAGCCACCUGAAAUCUUUGCCCAUGGAUUACAUGACCCAGGCAGGUGUGCAGUGGAUCGGCUUCAGACGGACAAUGGGAGUCUCCUAAUCCUCUGUACAGAUGCCAGUGGCAAAAACUCAUCAUCAGGAAGAAUACUGGAGAUUACAAAGGGGAAAGAUUAUGAAAAUGAGCCUUCUGUCUAUGACCUGCAGUCCAGUGGAGGGGCACCACCUGUGGGAGGCUUCAUCUACAGGGGCUGCCAGUCAAGAAGACUGUAUGGCAGUUAUGUAUUUGGAGAUAAAAAUGGUAACUUGCGGAUCCUCCAGAAGUCUACAUUGUCAACAUCAGCAAGUGGUGAACAGUGGCAGGAGAAAGCUCUGUGUCUGGGCUCAGCUGGCUCCUGUGGCUCUAUGCUUGUGGGACACAUCUUGGGUUUCGGAGAGGAUGAACUGGGCGAAGUCUACAUACUGGCAAGCAGUAAAAGCAUGGCACAGUCACAUAGUGGGAAACUCUACAAGCUGGUGGAUCCCAAAAGGCCUCAUGCCCCUAAGGAGUGCCAGCGUCAGGUGGAGCCUCCAGAGCUGCUGAUGACAGCUUGUUCCAGACACUGUAAGAACGGACACUGCACUCCUACUGGCAAGUGCUGCUGCAGCCCCGGCUGGGAGGGACCCUUCUGCCGAGUUGCCAAAUGUGAACCAGCCUGCCGCAACGGAGGAGUGUGUAUGGAGCCCAACAAGUGCCUGUGUAAGAGCGGCUACUCCGGCGCCCAGUGUGAGAAGAGCGAGCGGGGUAUGCCCAACGACCAGGAGAAAGACGGUAUACUGGACCACAUCAUUGACAUGACCUCGUACCUCCUAGAUCUGACCAGCUAUAUCGUAUAGGGGUGCGCAGAGGGGGGCUGCUCCCCACCGUCAUCCUCCAGUUGACACAAAUCUACCUACCACCACCAGCAGACUCUAACGAGGUGUCCUUAAUAUGGCCUCUUAACCUCCCUCACACCCACACAGGCAUGUACACAUAACAUACAAAUACACACACAGGAUCCCCGUCAGACUGCUUUUCAUCCACAUCACCAUACCAAACUCUUCGUCUUUUCGCCUAUAAGCUACUUGCUCUUGAGCACCAGGCCUGGCAUCCAAGCCGUGUUCACAUUUCAGACAGUCCUGCAGACAGCAGCGAGAUGAUUGACAAGCAUGGCCAAGUUAUGGAAGUUCCACUAAGACAUUUCCUCUCUUGUUCAGCAAAUGCCUGCACAUGGCUGACUCCACAGGAACAGGAACUCCACAGGAAUAGACCAUUUUAAACCAAGACUUUGGAUCUUUUCAGGGGCUAUCUGUUGCCUUACUUUAGACCCCCCAAAAAAUGGAGUUUGAGGCAUUGCAGCAGAGACAGAUGAUUGUUCAGGGGUUCUCUAAGGAUUCAAAUUGUGAGGAGUGGCGUGGCUCACAGAUCCAAUUUGUGCUCAUGGUCCCUUCAAAACACAGCAAAAUAUGUCUACAUACAAUACACAGACUUUGAAGGAACCUCAUCUUCAACUGUAAAAACCUGAGAAGUCUAUGAGAAGCGUGGGUCACAGAGAGCCCACAGUGCUUUGUGCUAAACUAUUCUAAAGGCACUAAUACAAGAGGGAUAAACCAAGUUGUCUCACUUUUGAUGUUGUAUUUAGUUUGUGGGCACAUUGUCAUAAAAAGCUAUAACAGUAUACAGUAUGUAUACUUUGUUUUGCAACACUCUUUUGCUAUCAAUGUACAGAAUGGAUCUACAACAGAGGACUGUUACGUAACACAGAAAUAGGAACGAGUGAGAACAUUGUACUUUGUCAAAGCCAGUUUCAUACAAUCUGAACGGAGUUAUUAGCUCCCAUGCACUGUAUUCAUUUUUUGUUUUAUUCACUUUAUUAUUCAAAAUGAAUUUAAACAUUUAUUAAAAGCGCAAUGAGAGUAGUUUCACAUUGUCACAGAUAUACACACACACACACACACACACACACACACACACACACACACACACCACACUAGCACAGGUAUGAUUCAACAAACUCCUUUCAUUGUGUCACACACUGAAACUGAACCCGGACUCAAAACUACAAAGGGAAGAGAUAGCGCAGUGAUGUAUAUUUCCAAUAGAGCUUACCUAAGUACUACUUAGCAUUGCAAAAAAAAAAAACUAUAGCAUUACUAUUGUUAUCAUAGAGGAGGGUUUAUUUUUUUAAGCGUAAUAAUAUAUGGGAGAGAAUGGUGUUUAUAGAAAGCAGUUUUACACUAAGCUUGUCAGUUCAUGUUAUUUCAUGUUGUACUUAUACAUAUGCAGCUUUUAAGAAAGACACGUGAGGAUACAUUUCUUUCUAAUUUUUUUAUUUUUUUUAUUCCAGUGUAAAAGUAAUGCAUGUCUGUGCCUGCAUAGAGUAAUUCGGAGCAGUUGGCUGAGUCAAUCUAAUUUUUUCCCCCUGACAUUUGGUUUCAUUACCACUGUCAGAAAUGUGUCUCUGUUGUGAGACGAUCAAAGACUCUGUCGGGCCACCAAGUCAUUCUGGAAGCAGCUCGCAGUCAGAGGCAGAUCUUAUCUGUGAGGAGCAGAUUUGAGAUUAACCUGAGGAUCUGUCUAAUGGAGAUAAGUUUGAAAAAAAUAUCAAGACUGAACACUACUCUCUAAUUAGCAACAGUUAAACACAGACUGGGAUUGUCAGGACCAACAUUAAUGUGUUCAUCUAUUAAUUAAUAUUAAGUUCAUACAGAUGCAGCUCAUAUACAUGCAUGUCCAUGUUCACCUAAACUAAUAACUUAUCUUAUAAAGAACUUUACAUUUGAUCUUUUGCCAUUUCAAAUUCCAAAAGAAUACGAAUUGAGUCAUUGUGUUUAACAGUUUAACAGUUAAAAUUUUGCUUUCUCCCCAACUUUUAUUUUGAAAAACAAGUUUCCAAGUAUCAUGGUUAAUUGAAGGUCAUUGUUCAUAAAAGACGUAUCUGUUGUUCAUCUCCCGCCUUGCUUGUGUUUGCUGAAAUAAAUCAACUCUACCUGGUCUAAAUGAGUCAAAAUGGAAUUCAUGCUGUAAAAUGGAAAAUUAUCAUUUUUUUUUAGCACUUAAUGUGAAGUUGCAUUUUAGCUGCUGAGACGGCGUGGUGUGAAUAGAAUAACCAUUUUCAUUAUUUAAGUAGUUACACAAAUAAAAUAAUUAUUUAAGUUCUCUAUGUUGUUUUUACCAUUGUACUGUAUGUGACUAUUUUUUAUUCCUGUAUUGUAAAUAAAACUAGGGAUAACUUUGUUUCUCUUAAGAAAUAUCAAUAUGUCUAUUAAAAUUUAUAGCAUGUCUGAAA